CCGAGCAGAGGGGACUUCUCCUGCACUCUGGACAGAGACACUAAGGACAUACUCUUUCCUCCAGGACGGCACAGACAUGAGGGGACAUUUUUCCAUUGAGUGGAUGGCCCAGAGCAGCCAGCCUGCAGGGACAGACAGCGUCUCUGCCUCCGGACCCGCCGCCUGUGGGACACAUUCAGAGAGUCUGCCUGGGUUUUACUGCAGGCAGAAGUCUGAAGGUUUACCUGAGCAGGAGGAGAACAGGAGCCUCCAGCAGGAAAGCUCUCACAGUGACCGAGGUGACGUGGAGCUGAACAUGUCGACCUCACUGUGGCUUCUUGUUUCUCCUCCAGCGACUGAAGCAGGAUUCAGCAGCGGGACGGAGGAGGAGACCUCCGGCUACGAGAGCGAGGGAGGUCGCUCCCUCUCGCCCUCCACCAGCGCCGACCGCACCUCCGCCUCCUCCCCGGCCUCCCCCCCGUCGGGGAGGAGGCCUCGCACGGCCUUCACGGCGGAGCAGAUCAGCAGCAUGGAGCGGGCCUUCAAGAGGAACGCGUACCUGGGGACGCAGGACAAGGCCGAGCUGUGCAAGAAGCUCAACCUGUCGGACAAACAGAUCAGAAACUGGUUCCAGAACAGGCGGAUGAAGCUGAAGAGGACGGUGCAGGACGCCCUGGCUCAUGCCUGUCAGGCAAACGUGGCGUCUCAGCUGAUGCAUUACCCCGAGCUGCAGGCCUACAGACCGGGGCCCUACCCCAGGUAUCACUCGGUGGCGGCGGAGGGCCCGACCGCUCCCUCCUACGCCCACCCACACGGCCUGCAGUACAGCUCCAGCCUGCCCAGUGUCCCCACUCUGCCCCUGGACUCUUUUUACCAGUACAGCAGCCUGCCAGGAGUCGUGCUGCCCUCCGCCGUGACCUCCUACCCGACUUAUCCUCAGUAUUACUGAAAGUGACCCUCAGUGGCCGCCCGAUGAGCCUGUGCAGCUCUUCACUGUGAUAUUUUGUUACACAAAAUGAUUGAUUUUAUUUUUCAUGUUAUCCUAAUAGGAUCAAUAGAUGGUUUAUGAGAAACGUGGCACAGUUACUGCUGUGAGCCAAACAGGGUGGUGUGCAAUGCUGAUGUGACUGUGUGUGUGUGUGACUGUGUCUGUGUGUGUGUGUGUGUGCACGCGUCUGAAUUCACUCAUGUACAGUUUGGAUGUAUUUAAAUUUGAAUCUAUGAAGUUUUGUUGUUGUGUUACUGUGAAAUAAAAU